GUCCACUAAACCCCGCAAACUUCACCUGAUUUCCAGCAUCUCGUCAAAUUUUCCGAAAUGGAGGAAGCCACUACUACGACUGGAUGUGUCAUUUGCACGGCGAAAGUGAAGGGAAAAAGUAGCGAUCCUCCACCUGACGAGGACUUAACAGUCGUCUUUUUCCUCACGGAUUUGCUCCCAAAGGAAUUUCUCCUCCAAUUGGGGGCACGAAGGGGGGACAUUUUCAGAAACAAGGGUGCAAGCCUCCUAGUCCUGGCGGAUUUGUUGAAAAGCAAAGGCUCCCCAUCGACAUGGAUAUCUUUUUGUGACGAGUGCUCAAUCAUUGUGGACGAGGCGAGAGAACUUCGCGUACAGAUUGAUGCUUUUCAAUCAAAAUUAGACGGAUAUAGGAAACGAGUUUUGGACGUAGUAGAAGACACUUGGGUCAGGAAAGAAGGAGAGGAUAAGAACCCUACAGAUAUAGAUAUAUCUAAACUAAAUGAACUCGAAAUAUCCGAUCGUGUCCGAACUGCGGUUGUUAUUAGUAAAAAGAAGGCCGACAUCAUAGGGAGAGAGAGAGAGUUUGAAUGCUUACCUGGUGACGAAGUCCUGGUCAAGGCUGAAGCAGAGUCGGACGCGGAGAAUGAUGACUUUUUAGCAGAUGUGAUGAUAUUCCCUUCACAAGGCUGGCACGAUUUGGAUCUUAAAGGUUCACCGCCUAAACGUGCAAAAAAAAAACCCAGGAAGUCCAAGACGGAGGGAGGCAUCACGCCCAAACGAGCCUCUACCAGUCCGACGUCAUCGUACAUCCCGAAGAAGAAGAGAUGUGUGCAAAAGCCGAUAAAGUCCCUCCUCGAGAACAUUCCCGAACAGGAUGACAUGCAAAUUGGGCCAGAGGCGGAUGCGAGUGUGGAUGUCAAGAAGGAAACUAAUCAGGAUGAUGACCCCACCGUGAUCCGCACCCAGUCGGGAAGACGAGUUAAUAGGCCGGACUAUAAGCAAUUGUUGAUGGGUGUGGAAAGUGACCCGGAGGAGGGGGAAGAGAAAGACUUGUUAAGGGUGAAGGAUGAAAGAGAACUUUUAGAAGUGGAAUACUCGGAUUCCGGAUCAGAAGAUGACUUUGUAGCUGACCCACUUUCUUCUGGAGAUGGCAGUUCUUCUGACUCUGAAGAAUCUAAAUCCAGUGGCGAUGAAGAAAACAAUGACCUACUUCUCUUUCCAAGAAUGAAGAAAGAAAAGAGAGUCAAAAAUCGAAAUACAAUCAGUUGUACGCAAAUAGAUUGUCCCAGAAUGUUUAGGACAGAAGAACAAAGAGACAAACACUUCACAAACAAACACGCACCUGGUUGGGAGGAAAAUGAAAGGCUUAGAAAAAGUGGGAAAAAGUAUCCAUGCGAACACUGCGAUAAAGUCUACCCCCGCAAAAAAAUCCUUAAAUCCCAUUGGUUCGACGCUCAUGGAAUUACUCCCAAAAAACGUGGCACUUACGACGGGAAAAAACACGUGUGCGAAUUCUGCGGAGAAAAGUACCGCAACGGGAACGAGCUCGCCAUCCACCGUCGCACCCACACGGGCGAAAAACCCUUCGCCUGCGACCACUGUUCCGAAUCCUUCAUCUCCACCCUAUUCCGGGAACGCCACAUCGAAAAGUACCACUGGACCGUGCCCCCCAUCAAGUGCGAUUACUGCGAAAAAUGCUUCUUCCGCCCCCACCGUCUCGCCACACACAUCGUCACCCACACCAAAGAGAAGAACUACGUGUGCGAAAUCUGCGCUCAGUCCUUUUCACAACCCACGUUUCUCAAAUACCAUCAAACCACGCACCCCGAACUGAACUUGGAAUCCUUCAAGUGUACCCAGUGCGACAAGACGUUUACAAAUCCGACCAAUUUGAAAAAUCAUCACAAAGCCGUGCACCUUAAACAGUAUCCCAUUUCGUGUGAAGUUUGUGGGCUCGGAUUUCUACAGGAGAGUCAUAAAAGAAUUCAUAUGAGGGCUCACACGGGGGAAAAACCAUUUUCCUGCGACUUCUGCCCCCAGACGUUCCGAUUCAAGGAGCGGUUGACGAUUCAUGUCAGGUCGCACACGGGGGAGCGGCCCUUCGUGUGCAAAACUUGUGGGAAGGAUUUCGCCUCCAAGAGGAAGUUGGUGCGGCAUGAGAAGAUCCAUGGGGCAGGUUUGGAUGGAAUUGGGGGCGCCCCGGUGCAGAAAAAUUUGCAGUUUCGCUGCGAAUAUUGUGGCAAAGGGUGUGCAGAGUUGCCGCAUUUGGCGUCGCAUAAGCGGUACUGCAAGGCGAGACAGGUGCAUCAAAUGCAGGAGCAGGCGGAAGCUUAUGUCGGGGAGAGUAUGGGGCCGGGUGGGCAGCAAGUGGGUGGAGGAAGCUUGCUGUGAGGAGGUUCAGAAUUAUUGGGCAUUAUUUUCAUAGGUUUUACACUAGUUUGUAGGGUUUUAUACAAAAUGGAAGUUAUAAUAGUAAUGUCUAAUGUUUUGAAUUAAUAAAUAUUUGUGUUUAAUAAUAA